AUGUGUUUAGCCGUGUUUGGUGCAGAUACUUUGUUUCCCUCGCUACUUCUUCUCGUGGCUCACAACCUUCCCCCAGAGGAUCAAGCCCUAGGUGGUGGGCUCGUAAACGCCCUGGGUCAGAUCGGGCGAGCCAUUGGUUUAGCCAUCGGCACUGCUAUUCAGGUCGCCGUGCAAAGCAGCCAGGAGAGAACGCGUGUCGUUGACAUGGAAGCAAAUGUCGGAGACCAUGCCUAUCUGCAUGGGUUGCACGCAGCUCAAUGGCUCAACGUAGGCUUUGCAGCGACCGGGUUCCUUGUUGUCGCGCUUGCAUUCAGGGGCGCAGGAGUGAUUGGAGCGUCCAAGUGCCGAAAGUAG